UGCCGUAGGCGAACAGGCACAUGGGAUCCUGAGAGGCGUAAUAUGUGUAAAGGCGUAGGGAAAUAAUGAUGUGCGGAACGGACGGCCUUUAGCGUAAGGCGAUUUUCUGGGAAACGAAGGAUGAGGACCAGGAGCAAGGCCCAGUUUUUUAAUCAUCUUUUGUAGAAGUGCGAAUGGCGCUAGUGGCGGGGAGGGAGAGGCAGCUGUCCCGAGAUUGAUUGAUAGACGGCAGUGGGCAGGUUUUUAUAACAAUUAAAGGGACAGGACGAGAUUUUACAAAGAAGAAAAAUACAACCAGUUUAUAAUUUUAGCCGCAAAUAUGACAUUCGGCGACGCUAAACGCUGAUGUUUGCGGAGGCCAACGAAGCCCCUUGUGUAAACAAACAUUUACCUCCAUUUCAGACGGUUUCCUGCUACGGUUACGAUAGCUAGCAUUAGCCAUGGCUGUGUUCUGGGGAGGAACAUGGCGCCUACAUGAGUUCGACUAUUCUAAAAGAGAUUCUUAAUUCAGCAACCUAAUGUAGGUUACCGAUGUUUACGUCUUGUUCUCUGUAGAUGAUAGUUCUCAGCACCAAGCCUCUGAAUUGUGUCAUUGACAACGACAGAAGUGCGUCUACACACACAAACAUGGGCACAAAAGUUUCGGUUGUGUCGAUACAGUAUUCAGCCUUUUCGAGCGUUUAAGGGCGUGAAUGCAUGCACUCCCCUUGUGCGAGUGUUUUGCAGCAGUCAACAUUAGCGGAAAGCGGCAUAGAAAAGGCGUGUGGCUGACCGAUAAGGUUGCGAGCUAACUUUAAGCAGCCACUAAAGCACGAGGCAGAAAAUGAGUAAUUUCCGGUCAAACAAUUCAAACUAACCCCCGACAACCCCCUGAUGUUUUUGACUCCUUUGAAGGUUCGAACAAACAAAAAAUACUAAGGGUGUUAUGUCGCCAAGUUAACACAACAUUACACAAGGCGGCAAAGUUGGUGACCUUUAUCGCUUCCCAUAAUAUCCACACUAUUAAAUAGCCUACUAUAAAUACUCCUGAUAUGUGAUAUGAGAGAGUGAUGGCCCCAGCGAGGCUUUAAGAAUUACACGAGAGAAAUAAAGCGAGUGCCGCAUGAUGACUGUGAUGUGUGUAUAUCCGCAGGACCGCUGCUGCUGACCGGAUCCUCUAUGAUGAUAAAAUACUCCGGACAUAAACAUUAACUAUGAUGGCUUCCCAGUCCAUGCCUGUAGAGGAGUAUCAGGAGGCUGAACAGAUGCCUGUUGGCCAGACGGAGUGUAAGUCGGGGGAGCGGUACGGGGAUGCCACUGUUGCCACGGCGCCCAGUCCGCCCCCCUCAGAACCACACACCCCCAUGGACGCAGAUAAGGAGGCAAUCUACAGACAUCCGUUGUUCCCACUGUUGGCAUUGCUCUUUGAGAAGUGUGAGCAGUCCACCCAGAGCUCAGAGUGUGUGUCGUCGGCCAGCUUCGACGUGGACAUUGAGAACUUUGUGCGCAGUCAAGAGAAAGAGGGCAAAGCCUUCUUCAGCGAUGACCCCGAACUGGACAGCCUGAUGGUGAAGGCGAUCCAGGUGCUGCGCAUCCACCUGCUGGAGCUGGAGAAGGUGAGCGACCUGUGUAAGGACUUCUGCAGCCGCUACAUCGCCUGCCUGAAGACCAAGAUGAACAGCGAGACGCUGCUGAGCGGCGAGCCUGGCAGCCCCUAUUCUCCAGUGCAGACACAGACGUCCACCUCGCUCACAGGCACACUCAGUCCUCAGGGCAUUAUGGUUCCUGCCUCAGCCCUUCAGCAAGGCAAUGUUACCGUGACAACAGUCAACCCCGCACAGAUGGUAGCAGGUAUGUCACAGUGGCAUACGUCUCCCUCAGGUGGAACGGUGUACCAACCUGUUACUGUUGUCACACCACAAGGACAGGUAGUGACCCAGGCUAUCUCUCCUGGAACAAUACGCAUCCAGAACACACAGCUUCAGCUGCAGUUGAACCAGGACCUGAGUUUCUUCAGUCAGGAUGAAGGUUCGUCCAAGAACAAGAGGGGCAUCCUGCCCAAACACGCCACCAACGUUAUGCGCUCGUGGCUCUUCCAGCACAUCGGGCACCCCUACCCCACUGAAGAUGAGAAGAAGCAGAUCGCUACUCAGACGAAUCUCACCCUCCUGCAAGUCAACAACUGGUUCAUAAAUGCUCGGAGGCGGAUCUUGCAGCCCAUGUUGGAUGCCAGCCAAUCAGAAACGCCCAAAAGCAAGAAGAAGCCACCCCAGAACCGCCCACUUCAGCGCUUCUGGCCCGACUCCAUCGCCUCGGGGGUUGCUCAGCAACACGUUACCAUGGCUGAUGGCACUUUGGUGGCAGUGGGGGAGGACGGGCUGCAGUCUCUGUCGUCGGACGGGGCAACUCUGGCCGUUCAGCAGGUGAUGCUCGGUGGCCACAGCGAAGAUGACUCAGUGGGAUCAGACGAUGAAGAUCACACAGACCUGUCCGACGCCAACAUUACCAGGCUGGGCCUGGGGCACAGCGACUCGCUGCAGUAGACUCACACAGACACACACACACACACACACACGCUCACACACAGACACACACAUACACGUACACACACACCACGCAUGUAUGGACACAGAUGAUGUUACACAAAAAUGCCAACCAAGAAAGAAAAAGAAUGCACAUAUGGUGAUAUUGAGAUUCUAAAAGACACAGACACACACACACACACACACACACACAGACAGACAGACAGACAGACACACACACAUAAACAUACGCAUGUUUUAAGCGCUGUUCAUAGUACUGUAGCUCAUUUUGAUAUUGGAAUACAGAAGUAGACAAACUUCUAACAUUUUUGUCUAGUCAGAAGAAUGAGUUUGACUGCUUAAUGUACACACACAUACAAUGAGGUGUUUGCUUAUUGUACUCGCACACACACUUGAAGUCUCUCACAUAGACACACGGACACACACACACACGAAGAAAGCACAACCACAGCACACAGCGCUGGGGACCGGCCCCCACACACACGCAGAGCGACACACGACCUCCAGGUCACCUCUGAACUCUAAUCACAGAGGUCAAGGAGCUGCAUUCUCUCCUGCCCUCUGCAGUGCCAACCAAUCAUAUGUCAUCUUCUGUACAGUCCAACCAAUCCAAUCACACGUCGUCUUCUGUCCAGCCCAGCUGACCUUGGCAUGCCUGUGUCUCCCCGCAGAUAAAGCUGAUCUAUUUUUAUACAGUGAUGGCUGACGUCAUGCUUGUCACCUCUGAGUUUUUGCUGUUUGGCCUUUUUUUGUUAGCUUGUUUUUUGUAAGAGAUAUUUAUGGAUAAAUAUUUGGUUUUAAAGUUAGAUGUAGGUCCCUGUUUGAAGGGCGUUUCAUGGUGGAUUUUUGUGCUACUCAAAAUGACUGAGUUUGAGACUGUAACACAAGACAUUGUUUCGUUAAGAGAGCCUUUAGUCUACGCGUGCGCACACACACACACACAUACACACACACACAGAGUGUGAGUUAUUUUCAUUACCAUCGCCUGGCUUCAUCUGAAUCCCACUCUACGCACAGACACACACACACACACAACAAAAUGCCCUUUUUAGGCAUACAAUCAAAGGCAGAAUGCAAAGAGGUGUGUGUGUGUGAGUGACUGUGUAUGAUGUAAAGCUGGUGUGUCUGGAACAGGAUCAUGUGUGGGAUAAGAUUCAUCAUGAAGGAUUGAUGCAGGGCAAGACCAUCUUACAAAGCACACACAAAAAAAGAUGCACACACAUUAAGACACACACCAGAGCCUUGCUCUCUCCGGAUGAUCUCAAAAGUCCCACAUCAACCAGGACAUCACAGCCUCGUCAGAAUCAUCUGGAAGAUUCAUGAACAAGUUUUUGUGCCUCCUGGAAAACACUAAACUGUCUGCAGCAUUACCAGCAAAAUGCUCAUGGCAGCUGGAAUUUGUUCCUGAAUUUGAAAGUCAUGCUCUCAUACAUACACACACACACACUCACACACUCUUGGGUUGGUGUGAGGCUCUGAGGAUAUUUGGCGUGAGGUGCCACAGCAAUGCGUUUGUAAUAAUAAUAAUUAAAAAAACACACACACACACAUGUAACUCUUUGCUUGAUGUUUUGCUUGAUUUUUAUGUGAAGGUUUGCUCUCUUCCACUAUACAAACUCUUGUAAGUGGCAGGUUUCUUAAAACAACGUACACUACACUUUGAUAUUUAUAAUGCAAAAAAAUAGCCGUUAACAAAAUGUACAUCUUUUUGCUGAAAGAGUCUUGUAUAAAAAAAAUAAAACAUUUGAAAGCUUUUUUAAAAAA